AAUCUGCUAUUCACAUAUUAAAAACUUCAAAGUUCAAACAAUCAACAAAAUUAUUUGCGCCACCUAUAUCAAAUGUUAAUGAUGGAUCCGCUUGGAUACCUAAAUCAAAACGAUCACGACUUCCAAUUGAAACCCGUAAGGAAGAUAUUAUCAAAAUCAUUCGUGACAACAGAGUAAUUGUUUUAAGUGGUAGUACUGGUUGCGGAAAGUCUACUCAAGUGCCACAAUAUAUAUUAGAUGAUUGUUUACAAAGAGGUGCCCCUGUUAACAUAAUUUGCACGCAACCGCAUCAUAUUGGUGCAAUUUCUUUAGCACACCAUGUUGCAUUAGAAAGAAAUACUAAACUUCAUGGUCAAGUGGGAUAUCACGUUAAUGGUAAAUGUGGUUAUUCGGCUAUAACAAGAUUACGUUAUGUUACUACAAUGAUUUUAUUGGAAAUGUUAAAGACAGACAGAUAUUUGGCCUCAUUUACUCAUGUCAUUAUGGAUGAGAUUCAUGAACGUAAUAUAGACGAUGAUGUGAUGAUGUCUCAUCUAUGUGUUAUAUUAAGAAAAAACCCUGCUUUGAAAUUAAUAAUAAUGUCGGCUACAAUGAAUGUUAAAAAAUUUGCCAAUUAUUUUCAUGAAUUUGAAGCUGAAAAGGAUGGUUUUUUCAAUAAAAUACCAUGGAUAGAUAUUCCUAAAAAAGCUUUUCCUGUUGAUGUGUUUUAUCUAGAGGAUGUGUGUCAAGCAUUAGAUAUUUCUUUUUCGAAUAGAGAUGUAAUAAUGAAUAACCCAAAAAAACCUUCUAUGAUGCAAGAACGUCGUGAUCUUUUUAUCAAUUGGAUAUUUCGAUGUCAUAUACAAACUCCUUCUGAUAAGGCCUUUUUGGUUUUUUUCCCUGGUAUUGCUAUAAUUGCUGAAGUAGAAGAUCAAUUGAUGUACCUUGAUGAAAAUUAUAGGUCCGAGUUUCCUUAUACUGAUGGAAAGCCUACUCCUGCAAUCUCAUUGAUUAAACUACACUCAACUGUUACUAUUGAUGAACAAUGUUUAAUUAUGCAGAGACCAAGACCAUGUCAUAGAAAAAUAAUAUUGGCAACAAAUAUUGCCGAGAGCUCUAUUACUGUUCCCGAUGUCUCCAUAAUAUUUGAUUCUUGUUUGCGUAAAGAUUUACUUUAUGAUAAAGAAACUAGAUGUUACAGUUUAAAUGAACAAUGGAUAAGUAAAGAUUGCGCCGAGCAAAGAAGAGGAAGAGCUGGAAGAAUUUAUCGAUUUGUACCUAAAAAUUUCUUUAAAAAUCUUUCUGAUGAAAGAACACCCGAGAUUCAUAGAACACCACUUAAUUCUUUACUUUUACGGUGCAUAUAUGGGAACCUCGGUGAUCCUCGUGAAUUAUUAUCUCAUUGCAUUGAUCCUCCAGAUGAUACAGCUGUUGAAUAUGCAUUAGAAGAUUUGGAAACAACUGGUGCUGUUACUAAAUCAAAAGAAAAUAUUAAAGAAUCUGAUGAUUGGGUUCAAGGUAGUCUUGUUACAUAUGAAUAUGAGGUCACUCGUCUUGGUACAAUUUUGGCACAAGUUCCUAUGGAUAUUCAUUCUGGUCUAUUAGUAAUUUAUGGUGCAAUCUUUGGUGCUUUAUAUGAUUGUAUGAUUAUUGCUGCAAUAUUGCAAAACAAAGGAGUCAUUGUUGAAUCUCCAAAUCAAGAAAUAGCUACAAGUGCAGCAUUAAAAAGAUUUCACUUGGAUUUACCUGACUGUCAACCAUUACAUGGUGGAUCUGAUUUAAUAGCACAAUUACGUGGAUAUCUGUUAUGGGAAGAAACUACACAAAAUGAUGAUGAUUUUGAUCAAAGCAAGGAACUAACAUGGUGUCAACAACAAUCCAUUAGCCUUUAUUGGAUACGAGAAAUACAAGAUCUUGUCAUCACUCUUCGAGAAUCUUUAUCUCAUCAAGGCUUAUGUUCGCCUGCUACAAAAGAAGAGAGAGACAAAACGCAUAGAAAUCAUAUAUUUAAUCCUAAUUUAAUUGACAAUAUACAUGCAAGCAAUGGCAAUGACCUUGAAGAUGAAGAGGAGAAAUCAGGAACAAGUCAAGAAACUACAUAUUCAAGAGAUAUCAAACAAGCAAUUCUAUUUCUUGAUAUGGCAGCAGCAUCUGAAGAAAUUUCAAGUCUAAAAAAAAAAAAAUCAAGUUCAGAAUUGCCAGAACUCAAUUUGCAUAACAAUCAUUCAAACUCCAAUAGUCGGAUUUGUGAAACACCUAGAAUUAUACAAAAAAAAACAAAUCCUUGGAUGAAUGUGUUUGAUUAUGAAUAUGAAAUAACAUCAAACCAAGUCAAAUUGAAAAGAGAACCUAAUAUUCUAUUAAUCAACAUUUUACUGGUAACUGUUUUUCAUCAUAAUAUGUUGCGAGUUGUACCAAACAUUGACAGUCACACAUUUAAAAAUUGCCCAGAGAAUUUUAAUCGAGGUCAUACAAUUGAAUUUUUGGCUAGAAUUCUUCCUCCAAAAUCAAAAAUUAUAGAAACAUUUGAAAAAGAUAUUGGAAUAGUGCAAAAAAUAUCACAUCCCGAUAAUGAGCAGUUUAGCUCUGAUGCAGAGUUUGAAUCUUGUUAUAUUGAAUUUGCAAAACCUUGUAAACUUUUAUGGACACAUUCAACUAUCAGAAAUGUUCCAACGCUACCAGAUGCUGUCUUUUUGGCACAUAAAUAUACAUCAUCUAGUAGUAAUUUUGAGGAUACAAAAGAGGUAAGAUUUUAUACAGUUAACGGAAGUCCAGAAACUUCAGUUGCGCUUUCACCAAUAUUUCACAAGCAGUCAACUAGAGUAUUUGCUUCAAAAUCUUCAUUAUUUUUUCCACUAAUAAUUACACCUGCAGAAUAUAAGUAUUAUACAGUUUGUGCAGGAAAAUUACUUGCGGUAGACCAUGGAAAAUUAGAUGUUGGAGAGUAUAUUACAUGUCUUAUAGCACCUUUAAAUUCCGAAAAAAACGUGGGGGAUAUCAUUCUUGCAUUAUUUGCCAACAAGUUAAUCAACAAUGAUCCAUUGUGUGGAUGGCAUGUUAAUCCAUGGAAUUUUAGAAAUUCAUCAACAACAAUAAUGACACCAUCAUCACCAAUCCAAAAUUGUCUGAAAGAGGAAAUCUUAAAAGGUUCAUUUGAAGAACUAGAUCAGGAUAAUCCAUUAUGCUCAAAUAUUUUAGACGUAUCUGAUCCAGAUUCAUGGUUAAAACCCUUUUUUAAUGAUGAUGAAUGGAAUGAAUUAUCAGAUAUCAAUUCAGAUAUGGGUUUGUUAAGAAUUACUGAAGAACAUCAAUGA